AUGGUCUCCUGCAACGACGCCGCGCUCAGGAAAGGUGUCAAACUGAAACAACUGUGCAACAACGGUACUUGUGAGGACAUCGGUAACUCACACCGCUGCCACUGUCUGGACGGCUACACCGGGUCCUACUGCCAGAAGGAGAUCAACGAGUGUGACUCCGCGCCUUGUCAGAAUGGAGCCCUGUGCAAGGACCUCGUAGCAACUUACCAGUGUCAAUGCGCCAAGGGAUUCCAAGGACAGAACUGCGAGCUGAACGUCAACGACUGCCUCCCUAACCCGUGCCAGAACGGAGGAACCUGUCACGAUCUGAUCAACAACUUCUCCUGCUCCUGCCCCUUUGGAACUCUCGGGAAGAUCUGUGAGAUAAACGUAAAUGACUGCAAACAGGACGCGUGUCACAACAACGGCACGUGUAUAGACAAAGUCGGCGGGUUCGAGUGCAAAUGCCCCCCAGGUUUCGUCGGACCGAGAUGCAAGGGCGAUAUCAACGAAUGCCUCUCCAACCCGUGCUCGAACCCCGGCACGCAGGAUUGCGUCCAAUUAGUCAACGGUUACCACUGUAAUUGUAAACCCGGACAGUCGUUCGAGUGGACAGUCGGCAACAACACACAAUGUACACGAUAUGUAUAA